GAGUACAACAGAUCAUUCAAAUACCGUGAACAAGCUGCAUUGCUAUAAUAUUCUGUAAAAAUCCUUUAUAAACCAGCGAUACAUACAUUGCGUACUAUUCUGCGGCUCGGCAUAUACACGCGCACAAGCUAGAAAGUCUGUCUCAGUUCCGCUAAAAAAAGGUUUACCCGACAUGGCAAUAGAGAUGCCAAUUGACAAGAUUGCCGAGGCCUUCACCAUCGGAAUUGAGCAGGGGCCAAAGGAACUGGAGGAUUAUUACGAUAAAUGGGCGGUAGAUAAAUCAGCAGAAAACUACGAUCAGGUUCUAAAAGAGGCUGGGUAUGUAGGACCUGCCGCUGUUGCUUCUAUACUCAACAGACUUGUGCAGGAUAAGACAAAGAAGAUUCUUGAUGUUGGAUGUGGAACAGGGAUGGUCGGUGAAGAGCUUGCUAAACUGGGUUUCAGCAAUGUUUCUGGAGUAGACCCAUCGCAAGAAAGCCUCAAUGCAUGUAAAACCAAAGGAGUUUAUAAAGAGUUGAUCCACAGCUACGUUGGACCUGUGCAACUAGAGAUUGAAGAAAAUUCCUUUGAUGGAGCCGUAUCAAGCGGUACCUUUCUUCCUGGUCAUUGCGAUGGGACGUCAUUAAAAGAAGUGGUUAGACUCGUUAAACCAGGUGGAGCCAUCGUGAUUGCGACAAGGAAAACAUGGUACAUGGAGAAACCAGGGGAAUGGAAUUAUGCCAAAUGGUCACCUGUCCCGAAUCAUCCAAAGGAAUUCAAUUUUCGAGCUGCCUCCGACGAACUCGUCUCGGCGAAAAAGUGCACUCUCGUCUACGAAGAGAUCCCGUCUUACGCCGAGGGAGAAAUGGGAAUAGGAUUGGUGUAUACAGUUCUCUGACGUCACAUAGCACCUACCAUCUCGUAAUCCACUCUGUAGUGACAAAGCUGGACAAACUUUUUGACAAGUUGAGAUACGACUGUCUGAGAACACAAAAUAAAUGCACAAUGGGCAUACAUUGUAGAAAGAAUAAGAAAGGUGAAUAAAAAAUGAACCAAACAUUUAUGAUUACAUCCUGGUCAGUAUGCAAAUGAGGGGAUGAUAUCACCUCACUAUUUCUUUAGUAUUUUAUUAUUAUGAAAAACAUUGAAGGCAGAAGCCAAAAAUUUUAGAGGGGGCCACCACACAAUUUUUUGACAUGAAAAAAAAUUAUCGAAAACAAAUUACAGGGGAGCUGCAGGAAAAAAAUGACAAGCCCCCCCCCCAAAAAAAAAAAAGACACCCCCGCUCCCCCCCGCCGCCUAUGAUGAAAUAUGUAAUAUUUUAAUUUUCUUCUCAUUGCCAGUGUGAAGCAAAGGUUUAUAUCUCUCUGAAAAUAAGUGUAUAGCAUUGUUUUAACAUUUUGUGGUUCAGUCAAGUUGGCCCUUUAAAUCUAUAACUAAAGCAAUAAAAACGAAAGAAAUAGUGAGUGGGAACAUCAUCGAAUCGAUUAUCACUGAAUUAUGCAUGGAAUUAGAAUAUUUAGAAUAUAACUUUCUUAUUUGACAUCCGAUUUCGAUGAAA